GGGUUAUGGUUGUUCUCGUUUUCCGGAUUUUUAAAGAUUUUUAAGGAAAACGACGAGAAGAAGAGAUUCCGAGAUAGAAGCCGAGAGUACCAAAUUCACUCAAGCACUCAAAUCGAUCGACUUUCAGCACAGGCAGAGAAAAGGGGGAUUGGGAGAGAGAGAGAGAAGAAAGAACGAAAGAAAGAUGUGCUGUGGGGGUAAAUUGUGUAGGCUACUCACGUGCUUGAUACUAUUGGCAGUGUUGAUAGGGCUUCUCUUUGGGUUCGGAGUCUUCAAGCAUGGAUUCAAUAAAUUGAAGUCUACCAUGCACUACAGCGAUCCAGUGGGAGGCACCUCCUCUUAUUCCUUAUCGGGAAGGCCAAUGUUCUUGGGCAAUGGAACACCUGUUCCGCACUGAUUUUUGAAAUUGGGUACCUUAUCUACCAUUAUAAUCGGUGUUUCUUGUUUCUACUUCCCCUUUUAAUUCUCUUUUUCUUUUAUAAUAUCGAUGUCGAUUCACGCAGAAGAUUCUGUAUAGAGAUUUUCAAUUUUUAUUCCUUUUUUUCUUUCUUUCUUUAUCUCUGUUUCUGGUUAUGAUGAGUAGAUGUUAGAUGCUGAUAUUUCUAGGGUUUUUUUUUCCUGUUCCUGUGUGUCGAACAAUUUGUUCAGGCUAUUUUCAAUAAUAUUUUGAAAGGAAAAUUGAGAAAAAAAAUGUGUCUGUUGAUCUGUGCGUGAUGGAUCUGAAAUCUUGAAUGUAUCUCAGUUCUCAGAUCUGUACUAUUUAUGAACUUUAAACGCCGAUCUCCUCUGCGACUGUACACGGCGCGGCGAUCAGGCAAUUAGCACUCAAGAGUCGAGAGAGUCCAACGAAAGGAUCAAGGAGACAACCAUCAAAGUAGGUUGUGGAAGAAGAAAAUUCAAAAUUAGCAACUCGAUUUAGACUGAGGGAGUCCGGUUACUGCUUUGGAGUGGUGCUUCUUGCUUCCCCAAGUUGAUGAAAAUCAUGGAUUUCCGAGAUGAGCUUGAUUUGAAUUCUUUAUAAGUUAUUCCCAGCCCUUCGCAAGGAACUGAGAGAAGUGAAAUCAGCUAAAAAAUUUAUUAUUAUUAUUAUUAUUACUAUUAUUAUUAUUAUUAUUAUAUUUUUUUUUAAUUUUGAUUGUGUGAUUAUCUUAUAUGGUGAACGAAAUAUUCAAAUAAAAUCAAUUUUUUUUUUAAUUUUUUGA